AUGCCAAUGAACGCCUCCAUCGUGGGGAAGUACGGCUUCCGCCGCAGAGCCGAGCAGCGCACUGCAGCUGUGGCCUCUAUCUGGGCACAGGCGACUGUUGGGAAAAGGUUCAUUGGCAAGUUUGCCUCGCGGCGCGCGCGUGUAGCUUGUCAAUGGCUUUGCGAUGCUUUGCAACACAUUGGGAAGGUCUGCGAGCUGGUCGAGGCGGAGGCAUGCCAAAGCAGCGUGACUGGCGGGAUCCACUGGGAAACGCUUCCCAAGGCAGAUAUUGAGCUGAGUUGCCAGCAUGGGGCGUCGGCCCUGGACCCGGCCGACGGGGAGCUCGAUAUGGGACGCGCCUCUCGCAAAAGGGCGCAGGUGGAUUGUCUGGCCAGCUACGCGCUGCAGAUGAUGGAGGGAGCGACGAAGGUUGUUGAGUUCGGCGCCGGCUCUGGGCAUCUGGGCUUGCUGUUGGCUUCCCAGCGACCCGAUUGCCAAGUGGUCUUGGUGGAGGCCAAGGCCUACAGCGCUGACGUCGCAUCCCGACGAAUCGAGGGCACCGGCAUCGCAAACUGCCGGGUCUUCCAUGGCACCGUCGACGCAUUCGCCGCCACUGGCGAGGACUUCGACCUCGCCGUGGGUUUGCACCUUUGCGGCCUCCUCACGGAUGCGGUCUUGGGCCUUGCAAGACGGCGCAGGGCUGCCGCCUGCGUGGUGCCUUGUUGCUACGGCCAGGUUGCUACGCUCAAGGAGGACCACCAGCGGGGGGAAGGUACAGCGCAGCGGAUGCAUCCUUGCAGCCAGGCAAUGCGCAUGAUCUCAACGGAGGCCCAACUUGCCAUGUGGGCCACACCUCUGCGUAAGAUCUGCAUCCAUUUCACUUUGCAUGGCUUUUGCUGGGGUUCAGCUUGUGAGGAUUUUGCCUGGUGCGCCAAAGCUGCAGACUUCACGGCGGGGAAGGGUGGUGUCUUCGAUCCUGACGGCGAGGGCUUCCGAACCGCGUGGAGCUCACCCCUUCACGCUUCGGUGGUUUGCAAGUGCAGGCUUCGGUCCAGGGCUUAG